CACACUAAACUGCUUCCUGUUAUUUUUUUCUGGAAAAGCACGUCAAUCUCAGAUUUUCAGUUUGUCAAGAAAUAAAAAGAAAUGGCAACUAAAAAGAAAAGAGUUGGAGAAUUAGAUACAGCUGAACAAAUGUCGGAUCCAAGUGACGGGGAAGACAUGGCCGGCGAGACUGAAAUGGAAGUGAACGAGGAGAUACAGGUUGACUUUGAGGCCCGAGUUCCAGAGGGCAGUGAUUUCCAUGGCAUCAGGACCCUUCUACAGCAGCUUUUUUUGAAAGCCAACAUCAACUUGUCAGAAAUGGCAGACAUCAUUAUAUCACAGGGACAAGUUGGAAGUGUGGUCAAGCAAUCCUAUGUACCUGAAGAAGAUGAUGAUGAAGAUGAAAUGGCAGAAGAUGACCCAGUCUUAGCAGUUACUUCAGUCAUCAACAUCACAGACAAAAAGGACAUGGAGUGUGUGAAGCAGGUGCGGUCAAUGUUGAUUGACCAGUGUCAGAAGUGUGGAGGAGAUCAGAAGUUCAGCAAGGUCCUGAAUGACAGUGACCGCCACGUAGGUCUGCUGGUCAGUGAACGAUACAUCAACAUCCCCCCACAAAUAGCUGUACCUAUGUUUGACUCAUUACUAAAAGAAGUGGAGAAGUGUAAGAAUAAGAAGAUGAAGUACGACUUUUCUUAUUACAUUCUACUGUGUAAGACAUACAGACAAAAGGGCCAGAAAAAUAGUCCCCUGUUCUUCACCAACGCAGAGGAGGAAUAUCUACAGGAGGUGAGUGAUGCUAAGUUCCAGUAUUCAGUCCAGGCCGACAGAGACACAGUAGUGAUGGGGACCUGGGACUCUGAGGAUCAGUUUGAGGCCUUCAGGACUGUACUGCUGAUCCCCGCAGACAAACUCAGACAGGGCGUGGAGAAAAUCUAAUCCCAACUGGCCACCACUUGAUGUGAAAUCAGAAAAUAAAUUUUUUAUUUCUGUU